AUGAAGAGAGCUAUCGGUAAACUUCGAUUGAAGAUCUCCAAAUACAAUGAUAACGAUCCAAAGGCACCACCAUCCAAACCCGUGCCGAUCGUACCCCAAGAUCCAUUAUCGAUUGGUUUGAAAAUGAUCUAUGAUUCUCCCGAUGCAACUAUUGACAUUAUAGCCAUUCACGGUCAAAAUGGCCACCCCAUCAAUUCCUGGACAAACAGAGAUAAUGGAGUACUUUGGUUACGCGAUCUUUUACCUGGGAUUUUAGAAACACACCCAGGUGUGAAGAUUCGAGUACUCAGUUAUGGUUAUGGACGUCGAGACCCCGUCGAAGUUAUCGGCGCUGGAUUAAUGAAGAGCAUUGGGGAUUUAAGAACAGAGACAAAGAGUGAAGGGAGGAAAAUAAUUUGGUGUGCCCAUAGUUUUGGGGGUCCCUUAUUACGUGCUGCAAUAACCAUCGCUCCGCCUUCCAGCGAUAUCCAAGUCUCAACCCACGCCAUUUUGUUCUUCGGAGUAGCAAAAAACAUGGGGUUGGAAAAUCUGAGCACGGUGCUUGCAAUGCCAGAAGCCACAUUGAGUAGCGAGAUGAAGGAGUUGAGGAAAGAAAUGAUGUGGUUGAAAAUGGGAAUUGAAAGAUUUGAUCCAUUGGGUGAGCAUUUAGGUUGGAAUAUUGUGUGGUUUAGAGAGGUCGGAAGCGAGGAAGAGAAGGUUAGGCAUUCGGACGGGGUGGGUGGGAAUGAGGACUUAGGUGAAGAUGGAGAGGGCAAGCUUGAAGUCGUGGUUAGAUUGGAGAAGACGCAUGGCGCUAUGGUUAGGUUUGCUGAUGUCGAGGAUGAGGAUUUCAUAGUGGUGGUGGAGAAGACCAGGAAUAUGGUAGAGGAAAUUACAAAAAGUAUAAGUGCUUCGGACGUCGUUUUCAAUUAUUUGAUGAUGAAAGCUCACAGAUUGGCUCCUUUCUUUUCUGACGGCGAGAACGUCCGAUAUAACGAUACCUUUAUGGAUCCUAUCACAAUAUUGGGAGCUGCAAGCUCGGCAAUUGGUAUUGCAAGUUUUGGCCUUCAAUUGGUACAAAUCCUGACGAAGUACGCGACUGAUGCUGGCGCAGCCGCUCAAAAUCUCAACGCAACAUUGACAAACAUUCGUGCUGCAAGUGUUUCCUUCGAGUAUGUUAAUCAAUUUCUGAAACAGGAAAGUGAGCGCUUAAAGUUAGGACAAAAGGCGACACUCAGUGCGCGCGGAAUCAGACACAUUCAGGGUGUUACAGACGAUUGUCUAAAGGUAUUUUGGAGAGUGGAGGCAUGGGUCUUGUACAAGGACGACUCAAACGAAUUGGAGCUCAAGAUUGCCAAUAGGUUGAAUGAUUACAAAGAGGAUGUAAAAUUUGAUCCAACAAGGCCUUCGCAAUUCCUGAAAGUCGAUGAAACUUCAGCAAAAGUCCGCAAACUCAAAGAAUCGUGGUUUGCGAGAUACCUAUCCCCGUUACAAACACACAAACUUCUUCAAUAUGCAACAGAACUUCAUCAUCUUCAAGGAAGUUUGAAUUUGCUUUUCACAGUUAUCGGCGUCAGAUUAAAUGGGCCUCGAUCAGGAUCAAAUUCUAUCAAUGCCAUGUAUGCAGCACCGUAUGACAUGGCUUCGCGUAGUUUCGAGCAAGUAGUUGGAAUGCGGCCAGAAGCAACAAACUAUAUGUUUCAUCCUAGAAUGAAUGAUUACGAAACCCAGCAUUUGAACAACCGGUUCAUCAAUCCAACCGGCAGAAAACAUCUUAUCCCUGUAGCCAGUGGGAUACGAUAUGUUGAUAACCCUUAUACUCAUAUCCCACAGAGUUUCUUCCAACAUUCCGAGCUGAAUCAAAGAGAGAAUACGCCUUUUCGCAGAGUCGUUCCUCCAGCUGUUCCAGAUGAUCCACUCAACUCAGUUUUGAGAAUGAAUACUGCGGCCGAAAGCAGCUUUCUGCAAAGUCAAGACUCCAAAGGGAAAACGAAUGCCAGAUUUAACCACAAAUCUACCACUGGAUAUGCCAUAGCCCCUGGCGAUGAAACUAUCGACGCCGCCAAGAGUUAUAUGGCACAUCAUGAUGCUGAAGCGAGACUGAAGCCUGAAAUCAUGAGUGAUAUGGGAAUUCCUGUAACGAAGACAUAUUUAGACCAUUCGAUGCCGGCCGAAAAGACAAGAGAUAUCGACAAUCUUUCCACAGUGGCCCAGCGGAGCACAAAAGCUUCUAUGAAUGUGGACGAAGAGAGUCCAGUCGAAAAAGCUUCUAGGCAUCCCGAUGACAAAGUAAACCUGCAAAAUCAAAAGGAACACGAAGGCUUGAAUCCCGAGAUCUCCGCCCAAUUUUGGCGUCCAAAAGUUUCUGCUAGUAAUAAUGAAGGGAUUGUUCCAUCAAAGACUUUUCAGGCGCAACCGACCAACUACCAAGUUGGCCGUAGACAAACCAGCAACAUUUCAAAGCCAGCGAUGCAAAUCAACGAUAUCGAAGUAGAGGAUCAAACAAAUGACCCGCGCAACAAAUUAGGAAAUAGUGUGCCACGGCACGCUCAUAUUCUGCAGACCAAACAGCUUCAGCCGGAAAUAUCGCUUAAUCUAGAACCAAAUAUGUACGUUUCGGAGAAUCGAGAAAAUAUUCCUGGUUCAUUCCAUGAUAAUUCUGAAGUUCUCAUCGAUUUUAAUGACAACGUUACAACAUUGCAACAACCUAGUGCGGUCUUCAUUGAUGAGAUAAGUCAAGCACGAAACUUAAGCCCACAAGCCGUUCAGUAUGACCUGCUUUCUGGAGAUCUAGAUGAACUCCAGGCAGGAAUGAUGGCAGGUUCGGAGAAUCCUAUCAUCCCGAAAUCAUACAAUACGCCACCCAUGGCAACUUCCGAUGAUACCGUAGAGAAAGUAACGGCAAAAGUACUCGCUGCAUUUGCGCCUAUCUUAUCUAUCCAGACAGAGCUUCGUGGCACCAUUGAUCAGCCCAACCGCAAAGAAUACGAACAGUUUGCAAUUAAAAAGGAAGAAAUAUCCGAAUCAUCAAAGGCAGUGAAUCUGCCGAUGAAGGAGAAGUUCUUAGACAAGAACAAAAGCAAUAAGUCGCAGGAUAAAAUCAUCCCUCAAAGCAGAGCAUCAGACGCGUCAAUAGAAACUUCAUCCUCACCAUCUACUAAUCGACGCUCUCAACAGAACAUCGAAAUUAAUUCCUGCAAGUUACCCAAACAGCGAAAGGAUUUAUUAUUCGAUGAUUCAAACCCCGAUUGUUCGCCGCCAUCGAAUUUCGGAAAGCUCCCCACGGAUUAUCCGGCAUCUCAAAUAUCCAAUUCUCUAAGUGAUGUUAGAUGUUCUGAGGUUGGCACUAGCCAAUCGUCGAGGAGCAACUUUUCAAAGCACAGCUUUAUCAAGAGUGGUGGCCUCAAAAAUAUUUUCAGACGCAAUAAUCUUGCCGAGGAUGACAUAGACAGGAUGAUUCCAGAAGGUACCUUCCUUACUGCAUUUUUCAUUAAGGGUCAAAGCUAUCAGCAAAUACCUACUGUUAGGAAUUUCAAAUUACGAAAAUCAGAGAUCGAGCGGAUGCUGUCGCACACUCCCCAACAGGAUUGGUGGAAGGAAUUUUGCUUUCUUGAAUCGGCCGAGACCGCUAGUCUGACCCAGAUUUUGAAACCUCAGGAAAAUUAUAGAAAAGCGCUCAUAAGCCUCAAAGAAGUGAAGAAACAUUCCAGUCGAUUGUGGUCGCGGGGCGAAAAGGGUCACAUCGCGAUUAUCAUUAACAAGCCUCUGGCUCACCUUGAUAUGGCGCCAGAUUUUGGCCUCGACUACAGAUUUGCACCAACUCGAGUGGAUACGAAAGACAGUAGUAAUGGUAAUGCUUUUGGUCCCCAGCAGCUUGGGGAACUCAUCUCACGAGCUAUGGACGAUAGAGAUUGUCUUUAUGGUGCAUAUACAAUUCACCCAAUACUUAUUGAAACUUCGUUUCAGUCGCCUGAUUGGGUAAACGCUUAUGGCGUCAAACAACAUUUCUCAGGAAGACACAUACUUGGAAGAAUUUUAGAGCUAAGCACGAGUAGUGGGAUAGUCAUUGCGAAGCUUUUAAAUCUCACAGUGCCACAGCAGAGACAGGUCCAAAAGAUAGUCGACUCAAACAACGAAGUCAAUAGUAGCAUCACAUGGACUCUUGCACAACUCGAAGUCGUCUAUGGGAAGUGUCUAAGUCCUACAAGUGACGGAAUCCUAUCAAUUACAGUAUAUAUUGUUGGAACUUCAAAUGAAUCAGCAGAUAAUACUUCAAGAUCGGAGAAGAGUGGUUGGACUAUGAGUUCCUCAUCAACGUUGAAAGACAGAGGUGCCGAUGACAUCCGAAAAACUUCGAGUCUUAAGAGCGUUGAUUUUACAAAAUCAUUGAAUUCUCCUCCAACAACACCCCUGGAAUUCUUAACCCCCGGCACUAAAGAUACGGAACCAAUCCCUCCGAACUCUCCUAAGUCACUGAGAAGUAUUUCAUCUAUAUCUGACACAUCUGAUGUUGAUCCAUCUGACUCCGAGAGAACGCUUGGCAAUUAUUAUGAAGCUUUGCAGAUUCCAACAAAUGCGAAUGCUGCUGCUAUCAAAAAGGCCUAUCUUUCCUUACGCAAGGACUCUCAUCCAACGUCAAACCACUUGGACCUUUCUGCUAGGAAACGCUUUGUUACCGAGGCCUACAGAGCCUUGGGCAAUAAUCCAUCGGCAAAGUUUAAAAGAACAAAAUCCUGGGAUGAAAAUUACGGAGAAAGAGAUGAUGUGAGUGAUGACGAGAGCUACAAUGGUAGACUGCACGUAAGCUUUGUAGAAAGUCGUAGAAUGCCUGUACGACGGGGAAUAAGGAACCCUGAGCGGUACGAAUCAGAUGGUCAUUCCAGUUCAGAUAAUGAGCCUCCACAACGAACUCAUGGGGUGGGAAGAGUACCAUACCGAAGAUUUCCUCAACCACUGGCCAAAGACCGGGGCAGAAAUUCAACAUAUGAUGAUCGUCCAAGACACGCAUUAUCUAGAAGAUACUAUAGAUCAAGGUCCCCGCCGCUCGAAAGUAGCUCGUCAGAUAACGAUUCCGGAUCACUGUCACCUUUGAGAACCUCGUUCCGUGGCAAGAUUCCCACCAAUUCUUCCGUGAGAAAAUACACAGCAUCUACUCCUGGCAUGAAUUCGUUUUCUGGAAGAGGUCCACCAAGGCCCCCAUUGCCUAGAAGUGAAUCGUCAUUUGAUGAUUCGAGACCACCAUCACCAGAAAGAGGUUCCUUGCACUAUUAUAGCAAUCGACCUGCACGUUCAUUUGCUGAAAGGGCCUUUGUGCCCAAUCGUCGACCAAGCAACUCCCCGCCUAGAAGAACGGCCUCCGUUGCAAGACCUGUGACUGAUAGUGUCAAUUGGAGACAAAGACAUGAACCGAACCGUAAAGGACCUCAGCCGAACAACUUUAGUGGAUCAUACAAUGAUUGGAGCAGAUCCAGAAGUAUCCAACCACCAUCACCUCAGCCAUCACCUCGGCCAUCUUCUUAUAAUCUCCCAUCCCAUCAAUUUAUACAGGAGCCCGUCAUUCCAUUCGACCGACGACCGGCAUAUUACCCUGAUCACUAUGAUGGCAAAUCAUACAACCCCUAUGGAACAUUACGGACUGAAUAUACUGACGACAAUAUUGUGCAACAGCUCUUAUUGGAGUGGACACCAGCAGGUGAAGAAGCCGAGGCGGUAGCAGCGCAGAACACAGACAAGAACAAUCGUUUAACUGCAAAUCGAGGUUUGAAUGACACGUAUACUACAAGUUCUAGAGUUGCGAGUCAAAAUUAUCAAACGGCCCAGGAACAAGUCGAAAAACCGGAGAUACCCGAUACCACGAAGAUGAAUGCCAAAGGUGGAAGACGUCCAAUGGCAACAGUGGAGGACGAUGCUGGAGAAUUUUCGGAUUCUGGAAGACCUUCAUUGUUUCCGCGGCGUGCGAUGACUAGUUUCUUUUGA